AAUACAUCUCUCACACCUGAGACCUGGACUCUGGCCCAUCCGUUUCUUCCUUCCCUUUUAAGGGGAAAAGAAUAGAAAUAAUUUACAGUGGCGUGGCUUAUUCUCUCACAGUAUAUGCAGCUUUGUACGUUUAUCGAGAUGACAUACUCUCUCAGAUAGUCCCCAACAACAUUCUGACACCAACUCUUGAUUUACAUGGUGGAAUCUUAACGUACCCUUCGAUCUCUUCAACUUUGAUCUAUAUAUAGCUAUACCGGUUGCUGCUUCUCCUUUCUUCAUAGCUGAUCAUAUGCAGUUAGCUAGAGGAUAUGGGAAGGAACGGAGGGAAUUCAUGGUUAGAUGUUGUCAAAAAGGCUCUUAGGUCUCCUACCAAACACAUAUACACCACCAAAACCCUCAAAGCUAGGAUGAGAGAAGAAGACGAACCAGAAGUCGACCAAGAUAAGAAGAGAAGCAAGCGAAGAUGGAUUUUUAAGAAAACAGCUCUUCAUAAAACAACCACCAUACUUCAUGACGAAUCAAUUAGCACUUUAUCUACCUAUGAAAGGUCAGCUACAAAACCCAUAAUGUCGCAGGCUGCGUAUUCCGAUGAAACACAUGCAAUGGCAGUAGCAAUGGCCACCACUGCUGCAGCUGAGGCAGCAGUUGCUACGGUUCAGGCAGCGGUUGAAGUGAUCCGGCUCACAAGUCCUUCAUUUUCGUUUCAAAAGCACAAUGCUGCUCUUGUUAUACAGACUUUCUUUAGACGAUACCUGGCAAGGAGAGCUCUUGAGGCUCUUAAAGGAGUUGUGAAGCUACAAGCCCUGGUGAGAGGACACAAUGUAAGGAGGAGGACAAAGAUGACACUCAAGUGCAUGCAAGCACUGGUUCGUGUCCAAGCUCGAGUCUGUGACCAGCGCAGAAAGCUUUCAAAUGAAGGAAGCUUCGACUCCAACAUCUUUUGGGGGUCUCAUCUUGCAGACAACAACUCCAUUACAAGAGAAGAAAGUAGCAUCAACACGGAUGAGUGGGAUAGACGACAUGCAUCUAGAAUUGAGGAGAUCCAAGCCAUUUUACAGAAAACUGAAUUAGCUGGCCAAAAGAACGGAAAGGACCUUACUGAUCACAGCUUCCUGCAUCAGAUCUGGAGAUCCGAUCAAAGUGAAUAUCGCGGCCACAAGGGUUUGGAGGAAGAUCGGAAAUUUUAUCCUAAUCAAAGAGACCCGGUGAAAACAGUUCAAAUCGACACUUCUCAACGCUGUUCUUUAUCUCCAAGCUGGGAAAUUAGAUUACAUGAGAAUCAAACGUACUACCAUCAACAACAAAGACUCAACUCACAUCCAUAUUCAUCUCCCCUUCAUCACCACAAUUUCCACUCACAGUCACCUAUCACGCCAUCAUCAUCCCUUUCAAGAAUAAAACCAUCACUCAAAGUGCACUCAGCCAGUCCUCGGUGCCAAAGAGAGGAAAGAAGCUUCUCAUCGUCAGGGACUGGAACACCAACCGGACAUGGAAUUGGAAACCCAAGUUACAUGUCUGCCACAGUGUCAGCCAUGGCGCGAAUUCGGCCACAGAGUACUCCAAGGCAGAGGAUGUCAACUACAGAUGGAGAGAAGAAAACGUCUGCCAGGAAACGUCUGUCUUUCAAUGUAUCUGAAAAAUACAACGGUGGUGGAAUUAGUGACAGUGAACUGGACUGUAACUUGAGGAGCCCAAUUCAUACAAUGGAGAGAAGAUUAAGCAUGUCUUCUUGUUGCAAAGAGAGAACUGAAGGUGAGAUUCCUCGUCCUUCAGUUAGCGAAGACAGAAGGUGGAUUAGAUGACAGGUUAAGAUGUAGUCUUCAGUGGAAUUUAGAAUAGCUCUGACCUAUAGUUAAUUAUUUGUAUGUUGUAAUUUAUCCAUUUGAAUCCAUGUGUCUAGAG